AUGUCACUCUGGAUACGGGUGUCUGGCAAAUGCCAUAAAUGGAAUGGAAAUGGAAAUGGAAACUUAAGUUUUCUGCUACAAAACCCGUCCUCAGAUGUUGAACACACACUGCCUCAAAGUCUUCACUCACACCUAUGGUUAAAUUCCCACUCACACAUCACUAACACACCUACACUGCGUUCAGCCGGGAUGCAUUGCUCACGACAGCUAUGGAUACUGGGAGUGUGGACCAUUUUUUUCUUUUUAAUACACAAAGUGCACUGUUCACUCCCAUCUCCUCAAAAUGUAACCAUCGCCUCCUUUAAUCUGGAGCACAAGCUCACGUGGACACCAGGUCCCGGCACUGCGGCCUUCACACACUUCAGAGUGCAGAGCUAUAAUCAGAAGAGGAAGCACUGGAAUUUAUUAAAGAGUUGUUCUGACUUACAAAUUGGUGAGUCGUGUGAUUUGACAGAAUCUUUCAAAGAAACUUUUGGUCUUUAUCAAGCCCGGGUUCAAGCAUUCGAUCAGGACCAAGAAUCCAACUGGACCACAUCGAAAUUCUUUACUCCCCUGUUGGACACGACUCUGGGUCCUCCACUUGUGUCACUAACCGGCUGUGGGAACUGCCUCAUCUUGAAACUCAGUCCACCAGCCAUUUUGGACUUUUAUCAAGAUUACACCAUCAGUGUAUCCAGGACUAGAGACAAGGCACAGUUUGUUAUGAAAGCCUCCAGUGGAGAGACUCUGAUCAACUACCUAGAACCGGGAGUGGAGUACUGCAUCACAGCUACUGCAGUAACAAGCUUUAAAAACCUCGCCAUUCCUUCUGAACCUCAGUGUGCCUACACCAGUUCACAGCCUCUCAACACAGUGGGCAUCUUUUUGAGUGUUCUGUGUGCAGUCUUCCUCUUGGUGUUGCUUCUCUGUACAUGUCUGAUCUACUCAGGGAAGCUGGGUAACCUCCACACACCACCUCAGCAAGCUUUAAUGAGUUUCUUACUUUUGCUGGAACGAAGGUGAGAAACUUAAGAAGAAUCUUCAGUUCUUCACGUUCUUCUGCUCAACACCAGAACAAAGCAGGAUCAGUGAAGAGUGCAUGCAUCUUUAUACAUUAAUGCAUUAUUAGUAUUACUUACUUGUUUAUAAAGGAAUAAUCAUACAAUUAUUUUUGGUUUUUUUAAUGUUAAUAAUGUACUGUUUCAGAGUCUUGGCGGCUUUAGCAGUGAAUUUUCAUAAGUACGCUCUCAAACAGAGGAAGGUAUGACAAUGACAAUGAUGCAUACUGGAAUUGCUCUCAGAUUAACAGUGUCAUAGGGUCAUCAGUGAUUUUUAAAAUUUCUACAAUGACCACAGAUGGAUAAAUGUAUCUAUGGGAAAGUCAUUUUUCUGAUUAAGGAACAAACCUGUUAAAUUAGAACAAAAUGGUUGUUAGGUUGGUCAAGGUAAGACCGCUUUUAACUAGUAGCCUAAAAUCCCAAAAUGGCAAAUCAUGAAUAAAUCUCUUAUAUUUAAUGCUAAUAUUUUUUAAAGACAGGAUGUAAGAGCACAUAUAUUAUGUAGUGUAUGAAAUGGUUUUAGAUUUUAAUAACAUAACCAGUUGAAAGGAUUCACAUUUUUUGAAAGGAUUCACAUUUCCACUGUAUAAUAUAAUUCUACUAUAUACUUCUGCUGCUAUAAAUGGUUUCAUUCGUGUAGCUCAUGGGUGAGGGUGAAGUCUGUUUAUUGACUCAAUCCAAUUGUGUAAGUAUAUGGAAAAAAAUCACUGAUCACAAACCUCUUAGCCCCAAACAACGGAUCUGGAUUUGGCAAACAUUAUAAAUUUAUUUUAUUGUACCAGCAAUUAUGAUAAUACUAGUUAUAUCGACUGCAUUAACUUAUUUAAGUGUUUCCAGAGUUUUUUUUAACAAACUGCUUUAAACAUGUUGGUGUUUUACAUUAUUUUUGAGCUGAAGUGAAGUAUUUUAUGGAUAUCACUGGUAUGGCCUCUGUAUCCCUUCUCUUUUAUUAUUCUCUUGUGUUAUUUUGAUGUAUGUUUUAAUGUGUGAAAUUGUUCUUUUCUGUACUGCUGUUUUGACUGGGACUCCCUGUAAGAAGAGAUCUAGAUUCUCAAAAACACUCAGAAAAAAUAAAUCUCAUGUUGAACUCA